AUGCCAGAUGCCACCGAGUCUGGUUUGGUUUUGUUAAUGAUCUGUCAAGACGAGGUUUCCUCGCUAUAUAAUCUACCAGACGACGUGAAGGAAGGGCACUUUGCUGUCCAUACAGUCGAUGAUGGUGAAUCAAGGAGGUCUAUAAUAGAGUUAAGUUACUUAGCUCACCCAGGUUUUCUGAAACUUUUGCUGCAAGCAGAGGAAGAAUUCGGUUUUAGACAAAACGGUAUUCUUGCUGUCCCUUGUGAUUAUGGUGACCUCCAAAGACUUGAAAGCAAAGAGAGUUCGGAUAGUGAUUCAAUAGUCUGUCGUUUCACUCUCGUGUAG